AUGGAGACUCUUGAUGGAUUCCAGGGCGGAACUUUGAUAAGCGGCCCCGGAAACUUGGAGGAGCAAGGAGAGUCACUCGAAUGUACCCUAGACAGCAAAGCUGCAGUGGACAUUAGAAAUUUCCCUCGCCAUCCUCUACACCAGAUCUCGAAUGAUCCGAGUAGCAAAAAUACAGCAACCAACAGCGGUUGGCCUCAGAAUGGUGCGGGCAGGAUCCAACGGGCUUUUAACAGCAACGGCCGUCAAUCGAGUCUGGAGAACGACGUCACAUCAUUCCCGAGCGAUGAAAAGGAUGAUGGGUUAUUUGUUGGCAAUACGCAGCCUAGGCAAGACCGGCAGCAGCCGUCAACAGAAAACCGUACCCUACUUCUAAAAGGCCUUCCUGAACGGGCGACUCACCGUGAUGUUGUUUCUGUGAUUCGAGGUGGCGCGCUGGUAGACGUUUUCCUACGACCAAGAGAGCGUCAGGCAAGCGUCUCAUUUGCUGAGGGCAGAGCUGCUCAAGAAUUUUUGGCGUUUACUAAACGACAAGACCUUUUUAUCCUUGAUAAGCUGAUUGAGGUCACUUGGAGUGAUCGCCAGUUUUUCCUUGCUGGCCUUGUUGCUACUAAGCUGGCGAAUGGAGCCUCACGUAAUCUGGUAAUCCGCUCGGUGCACCCAAACCUGACAGAAUCCAGGAUUCGUGAUGACUUGGAGCAUAUCCAUAACCUUGUGGUGAUCGAUACCACUUUCGAUAAGGGGAAUGCGUACAUCUCGACAAACUCAGUACAUAAUGCUUUGUUUGCUCGAACUUGCAUGAUGUCUCGUUUGGCGUACAAGGGCAUGAAAAUUGAAUACUAUCCAGAUGAGUGCGCUCGCCCAUUGCCGAAGGUGCAGUAUGUUCCAAAGAAGGUUGUACCGUCUCCUCCAGUGAAGAAGGCGACUCCAAUGGCCAAUCGCUUUCAGAUGCUUAACAUGGAUGGGGCAAAUGACUCCGACGAAGAAGAUGAACUGACGAGCACUACCUCUCUCGGUGGCAACCUAAGCUGGGCCAACUCCAGCAUUGCAGUUUAG